AAACAAACUCAAACACCCUGUUCGUUGCUGUUGUUGAUACUGGUAUCGUGACUGUUAUUCAACAAAUAUGCCUCCAAAGAAGAAGGAAAAAGCAAAAGGGAAACGUGGCUCAAAGAAAACAGGAAGCGGGCGGGCACAGGCAUUGAUCGAUGGAAUUCCUAUCAACACUAUGACCAAGGAGCAGCUAGAGGGCCAUGUUAUAAGAUUACGUAAUGAGCUGGAGAGAGAGAGAGAGGAGCGUAACUACGUGCAGAGUGAACUGGAGCGUGUUCAGCGCCUGUGGCAGGUGGCUGCAGAAAACCUUGACAACAUAAGAGCAGAACUAAGGCAUAAAGAUGUUGAGAUUGGAGAGGCUGAGGAGAAGCACCAACAGGAGAUCAGUGUAUAUCAGCAGAAGAUGAAGCACCUGAUGUUCACACAGGAGAAUACACUUACUCAGCUUCAAGUGGACAGUGAGCAGAGCCUGCUGAAUCUGCAUCAGGAUGCAGUUGCAGAGGAGAACCGAGUCAUCCAGGAGAGAGAGGACCUGAGGAGGCAGUUAAGGGAAACAGAGGCAAAUUACCUUGCUAUCAUAGCCAACAUGAAAGUGGAGAACAGCAAGGCCCUGGACACUCUGAGGCAGGAGUUUGAGGCAGAAGCAGCUGCAAUGGAGGCCAAAUCAGUAAAACGCAUCAAGGCCUUGCAGACUCAGCUGGACCUCAAGCGCAAGACAGAGCUGGUUGCACAGGAGGAGAAGAAGAACAAUUUUCUCUCAAGCAUAAUCUCGAACCACGAAAAGACCUUUGAGGAGAUGAAGAAAUAUUACACUGACAUUACAGCUACCAAUCUCAAGCUCAUCACAGAACUUAAGGGUGAAUUAGCAGAGCAAAAGGAGCGUGAACACAAACUAGAGCAGGAGAUGGGAGCAGCUAUCACAAGUCGAGCACGCUUGGAGGCUGAGGUGGCCAGCCUUCGCAAGAAGCUGACAGACAUGCAGAGGUCUGUCCAACGCUCACAGAGGGAUAAGGAGAGUUACCUGACAAGCCAGGCCCAGGUAAAGGUGCUAACCAGUGAGAAAGAAUCCAUUCAGUGGGAACUUGAGGUUAUGCGUCAGAAGGCAGAAACGAUUGAGCGAGAACGUAAAGAAUUGUAUGACCACUUUGUUGCUGUAGUUGGAGAGGUACAACAGCGCAGUGAAUUGAGAAAUAUUGUGCUGGAGAAACGACUGAGUCAGGUAUCAGAACACUUGGAGAAAAAGGAAGCAGUUCUUUCAGAAGUCAUCUCAGCAGCCAAUUUGGACCCAACUUCCUUUAGUCACAUAAGCCAUCAGCUGGAGAAUAUUGUGGAUGAGAAGAACCAGCUCGUAGGAGGGCUGAAAGAAGAGGUGGCCACACUCAGGCGGAUGUACACUGACCUCAUGGAUAACUACCAUGCUGUGACCAGUGCCAAGACAAAACCCAAGAACACUACCAAACUUCCUCAUAUCAAUGUUUAGGAUAAAUAGUUUUUGUUGUUGUCCUUUAGUUGUAGAAGUAGUACUAUGAUAAAUUAUUAUUUUUGUUAUGAUUAUAAUUUCUUCUUUUUAAUUAUCAUUAUCAUUAUUACUUUUUACAUUAUAAUUAUCAUUGUUUUCUUAUUUAUUUAUAAUAUUAGUAGUAGUAGUAGUAGUAGUAAGGUUUAAUCACUAUUAUUAUUAUUACUAUUAUUAUUAUUAUUAUCAAUAGUAGUAGUAGUAUUACCAUCAUUGUCACAGUCAUAGUCAUCAGCAUCAGCCUUAUCAUCACCACCACCAUUAUUAUUAUUAUUAAUAUUAUUCUUGUUAUUAUCAUCAUUGUUAUUAUCAUUACUAUUAGUAAUAGUAGUAGCAGUAGUAGUAGUAGUAAUAUUGUCAUUGUCAUUAUUGUCAUUAUCAUCAUUGUCAUCAUCAUUAUGAUCAUUAUUAUCAUUAACAUCAUUGUAUUUUUUUAUCAUUGUCAUUAUUAUUAUUAUUAUUAUUAUUAUUAUUAUUAUUAUUAUUAUUAUUUCUGUUAUUAUUAUUAUUAUCAUCAUUACUGUUUUAAACUUUUUGUAAACAGAUCUUAUGUUAAAAUGAAUGUUUUUGUGGUAUUU